CUACAAGCUACGGUCUACGCGUUGUCUACGAGCUACGGCAGUCGCGGCCGAACGAGCGUAGCGCGUACACGUACUGGUUACGUUUGCAUUAUUUCGUAACAAAUUUGUAACAAUACUCAGCUGUUUCGUGUAACUGUCGUGUUGUGUGGAACCGUAUUGUUGUUUAGUGUUGUUUCAGUAAUGAUCAAGAUGAAAAGGAUUUGUCACCUCAUAUUUCGUCUGCUAUUUUUACUUGAUGGUGGCGUGUGGUCCUUAAGAAACUUGUCAAUUUCGGUCCCUCGUGCAGUACUGUCUGGCGAGGGUCAGUCGGCAGUCCUACAAUGCUCUUAUGACCUGGAGGGUGCUGCCCUUUACUCCAUACGGUGGUACCGGGCGGAGAUAGAGUUCUACAGAUACGUCCCGAGGGAGAUGCCACCAUACAUGAUAUUCCCGCUGCCCGGAGCGUCGGUUGAUCUAGCUCAGUCUGAUCACCAACAAGUCCGAAUCGUGAACCUAAACCGGCGACUAAGUGGUGACUACCAGUGCGAGGUGUCCGCUGACGCACCACUCUUUCAUACUGACAUACGAUCUGCGCGAUUAACUGUUGUUGAUCCGCCGUUCCGGGCGCCUCGGAUCACAGUUGCACAAAGAAGCUACUCCCGAGGUGACAUCAUUCGUGCCAACUGCUCCGUUGAUGAAGCAUAUCCUGCUCCCAACAUCACGUGGAUACUUGAUGACCAUAAGAUAGCAGAGACCAUAUCAUGGCGAUCAGCAAACAAUGACUUCAAGGAACGGGGAGCCUUCAGCCAUCUGGAGCUGACGCUAUUGGAAACCCAGCAGUACCAGGUGGGAUUGACCUAUACAAGCGCGGGCCUGCAUCGAGUGUAUCAGGACCAUGCCGUAUAUGGACAGCAGAAUGAGGAUCUAAAUAUUGUCAGAUACACAUUGGUACCUCCGGAUAGCAGUCAAUUCACCUUGGGAUGUGUGGCGACUAUUUUUGACAUCUAUGCGCGUCAGAGCGAGCCCAUAUAUAUUAAAGAAGACACUCCCCAUCCCGCUUCAGUCACGGGAGAGGAUUCCUCAGGUGCCCAAAUUACAAACAGCCUCCUGUUAUCAUCUCUUUGGAUCAUGCUAUUGGUGCGAUCGUUAUGAUUACUGCAUCCAUGAAGAAACUCAGUCGAUUUCAUGUUGUGAUAGUUGUACGACCGUGAAGCAAACCUUUAUAAUCAAUCCCAUGUACAGCGUCAUACGAAAAUAAACGAUCCCAAAAAUUUUGUACUGAUGAAAAUAAAUAAUUAAGUUGAAUAUUAUUUAACAAUUUGAAAAUUGUUUUGUUAAAUUAAAAGUUCAGUGUCGGUAUUUGUACAACGCUGUGCAAUUUGUGCCAAACUAUUUUUUUAAGUUUAUUAAGGCCAUAAUUUAAUUGGCUAUUCGAAAAGUCCAGUUUAAAAUAGAUUGUCAUUUUCAUAAUAUACUAGAAAAUGAAUUCGCAAACAAAAUGUGAUAAUAAUAGAAAAUAUAAAUCACAAUGAAUACGAGCAACUAACUUAGAACGUUAAUAUUUUGUAAAAUCCUUUGUUUUUAUAGGAUUAGAAGCCAAUUGUCAUUUGCCUUUCACGCAACACAUUAAAAAUUCAUACAGACACAAAAAAUUUAAUAUUAAUAUAGUUUAGUUAGUUAAAAGGAUGAUGUUCAAAUAGGUCUAAAAAAGGAUAAUUGUUUUUUCGUUAAAACUACCAGUGUUAGCUGAAAAUAGUAUAGUACAAUUAAACUAUCCUUAAUAAAAAUCAGAAGGAAGUGUAUCAAAAUAACAUUUGAUUCAGAACUUGUUGAUGAGUAUGACAAACUAUUAUUACGGCGCCUCAAAGAUUUUUAAUUUACACAGUUAAAAUAACAGUGCUGUGAACGUACAUUAUUAAUUUACAAUAAAAACGAUUGUUAAUUAAUCCGGAGUCUCUUUAAAACUUUGCCACAGGUUUUACAUUAAAGCUUUCUUGUAAAUAGCAUGUAUCUUCUGUGUUUUUGCGGUUUGCAAGGGUAUACGGUGAAACAGUUCAUGUUUUGUACGGGCAUCUCAGGUUCUGCCAAGUAGAAAUAAAAUAAACAUUAGCUCAUACGCGUAUGUUUCGCCAAAGUUGUACGUUGUACAUCUAUAUUUCAUACUCAUAGUCGUUCAUUAAAUUAAAUUUAAUACAUGGAUAAAUAUAAGUCAUCUUAUCUAUGAAAUUUAUGCUCGAUUAGUUAAGAACUGAUUUGAAAAAGCAUUGGCAGUGAUAUUUUUUAACUUCCAACUGGAUCUAUGGUAAUUAUAAACUCCGCAAUACACCGUAACUCAGAGUAACGCAAUAAAACACCUACUCAUUUAACUUUUGUUUCAUAGAUGUAGCAUAAAUAUAGUCUGUCUAUGUCGUUAUAUGGCUUUUCAUUAUUACGUUCUAUAAAUGGAAGAAGAGAUACUUCGAGUAAGUUCAACCAAAGACGAUUGCUAAUAGCAAGGAUUUAGAUUUAUCAGUAGCAAUUUAACAGUAUUGCCAUGUAUUUUAAUAUCUAAUUUUCUUUUUAAAAUUAGAAUGCCCGUUAUAAAACAAAUGAAGCUGAAAUCCCCUCAGCCAGGAAUGCAUUUAUAAGAAAAUAUUAAUAUGGACAAUAUUGUUGAAACGUCAAUUUACGUAAACCCUGUCGCCAAUGUAUUAGAUAAGAUAUGUAUUUAAAUGUUAUUAAAUAAUAUACUAUAUGUGAAU